AAUUUUCUCGAAACGCUGAUAUCCCGUUUCAUCAAACACUUCAUAUGCGUUACCAUUGCAUCACUUUGUCCUAAAAGCCAAGGAGCCCAAUACGCAAUAGAUCUCAACUCCAUAAAAAACCUAAUCCACCCGCGCCACCAUCUCCAGCGCCACCAAAACAACUAAGGUCAACGGAGGAGCGAGGGUGCUGACCUUGCGCUGCCGCAGAGGACAUAGAAACGGUAGGCUCCGUCAACUGUCUCCAACAGCCAGAAAUGAAAUAACCCUAUCAAAGUACUUUCUGUAAGAAAUGUAGAGGAAUACUGAUAGGAGAUACAGAAGGAUUCGUAAGGCACAGAGAAAGUAAACUGUGUGUAUUAUUGAAUGCACCAGAAGGCAACGUAUAUAACAAGGUGUGUGUAUAAAAGAUCUGCCAAUUGAAAAUCAGUCUUGCAAUAGAGUACAUUUGGACAAAAGACAGUGGAACAGUAGAAGAUAUAUAGGAUGAAACCCCGCAGAAAGGAAAACAAAACAGUAGUUUGUGGCAUGCCAAAGGAAGGUAUAAAAAGUGCUACGAAUACUGAGUCAACUGUAUUAAAUGAAGCAAACAGUGGCAGACAGGUUUCUCGCCGUGAUGAAAUGAGGAAACUUUCUGUUUCUAAAAGUUCUAAAAGAAAGAAAAAAGUUAAGCGAAAAACUUUGCGGAUUUCUUUAGUUGAACCGCCAACUAUAUCUUUGAAGAAAAAGCUUAUUGUUCUUGAUCUAAAUGGGCUUCUUGUGGACAUUGUUUUUCCUCCUCCAAGGCAUCGUAAAGCAGAUGCAACCGUAGGACGUAAAGCACUAUUCAAGAGGCCCUUUUAUCUUGACUUCCUGAACUUCUGCUUUGAGAAGUUUGAAGUGGCUAUAUGGUCUUCAAGAACCAGGAAAAAUAUCAAUUAUGUCAUUAAUUAUUUGAUGGGAAAUAUGAAACAAAGGUUACUUUUUAGUUGGGAUCUUUCUUAUUGUACUAAAACAACAUUCAAAAGUCUCGAGAACAAGCACAAGCCAAUUGUUUUUAAAGAUUUGAGGAAAAUUUGGGAUCUUCCAUGGAAGAAUGGAUACUAUAAUGAAUCAAAUACGUUGCUGUUGGAUGAUUCUCCAUACAAGGCAUUACUUAAUCCUCCAUGCAACUCCGUGUUUCCGCACACAUUCAGCUUUCGGAAUCGGAGCGACAAUUCACUAGCUGCUGGAGGUGAUCUGCGAGAAUAUCUGGAUGGAUUGGCAAAUGCUGAAAAUGUACCGGAGUAUGUGGAGCAACACCCAUUUGGUCAAAGUGCUAUCGAUGAAAAAAGUGAAUCUUGGGACUUUUACAGCAAGGUUCUCGAUAGUCUUUCUACCUGGAAACCUGAAAAGUGAAAAAAAAAAUCCAAAUAAAUGGAUCAGUAGUCUUCUCCUUUAAUUUUUCUCAUCACAGCAGUUGUUUUCCCAUUCUUUAAAGUUAGGACAUCUUACAAAACAAUUUUUAUAUGGAAGAACAGCUGUAACAGCAAGAGGGCUAUAGAAUUGAAAGGAACAUUGAGUGAGACUUCAAAACUGUAGUAGUAUGUUUACCAUUGAAUUUUAAUUUAUUUUCAAUUCUUAGACACUAGCUAUAUUUAUAUAGGAACAUCUGUUUUAUUCAUCAGUACACAUAUUUGAUUUA